AUGGCUGGCUUCAUGAAAUCACCGGGCCUCCGAGGCGCUGGGCUGGUCGUUCUCCAGGCUCUUCGAGCGGCCACCGUUAUUACCCUCCUGACUGCCGGCGCCGCCUGCUGGAUCCUGAUCAUCAACGUCGAAAAGAACAAGCCGUACUUCAUCUUUGAGUGCUUUACACUCUUUUUCGUAUCCGUUUUCUGCUCUUUGCUCGCUGUUUCGGAACUUGCAUUUGCCGAGUUCAUCAAGGUGUACCUGCGUCGUAUGUGGCCUGUCCUGUCCGACCACCAUGGACUUAGUUGGCUGGGCUUCGGAAUGAUCAUCAUCGGCUGCAACAUCUUGGGAAUGCUUAAUCACGACUUGAAGAUGUCCUCUGCCCUGUCAUCGCUGGUACUGGCUGCGGGCAUCCUGGCUUUAAUCUUUGGCUUUCUCAACGUCGUCUGCUCCUUUAUCUGGUGCGAUCGAAAGGAGGGCAUCACGUCUCGCGACAUUCGCUCAAAUGGCUCGCUGGCUCAGUCGCAACGUCAGUAUUCCGAAUACGAUAACUCUAUCCGGUCAUCUCCUGUCAGAAACGAAAAGUACAGGAGCAAGAUCGCCUCCAUGUUCUGGAAGAAGGAAAAGGAGGAAUACCCAAAUGCACAACCCGAGAUCAGCCCUCCCUACACCAUCCACCACACCCGCGACAUCGAAGCACAGAGCGACAGUCCUAUCGUUCCAGGACUCAAGCGCCCUGACACGGCUUUGCACCCAAUGAACAGUCGCAGCAUCCGCAGCAGUCGGUAUUCUGAGGCCAACAUGUCACGGUUUUGA